AUGGGUCCCCGAAGACCUAGUUCAGCGACAGAUGUCGACUCACGUAUGCCGUUCGCAUCGGCGGAGGCACUGCUAUGGGGGCUAGAGAUGAAACAACAGCACGCCCACUUGCUCACAGAGAUGCGAACACUUCAGAAGCAUCAUGAAGAAUACGAAGCCCGCAUCAGAUCUACCGAGCAUGUAGCAGAGGCUGCCGAAGCUGCUACGUCCAGGGUCCGCCACUUGGAGCAACAGCUCGCAGCGAUCGAAGCCGAAGACGACGAUAAGGCUUUCGAAAAGUGGGCAGCAGGCGAGAUGACACGGCUAGGUAUCUUUGUUGACACGAACAAGCACGUCAGACAGAAGCAGAUCGAGUUGGACGGCAUUGUUUCUCAUGCUGUGGACGAUCUCGAUAAGCUCAGACAGGUCCCCAGGGCACUGAAGGGUGUUCUUCGACGCCUUGAUCUUCUCGAGUCUGGUCGUAAUCAAGAUGCGCGUCGGAUCAAGAGCUUGGAGGAAGAAGUCACUCGGCUCAAAUCUACGCGACAGGAUGCCACCUCCAAGUCCAACACCGCUGGCCCACAGACCGUUUCCAGGCCUCAGCAAGGCAGUCUGACAUCCAUGACACCGUCUCGAUUACUCGACGCCGAAAUUGCCGAUGCAACAAGCGACACGGACGAUGAAGACCUGAUACUCAUGCCUGGGUUUGUACAUGAAGAGAUCCAAGUACCCCAGAGUCCAGAGAUGAGAGAGAAGAGACCAGUCGAUACGUCCAUUUCAGAUGUGCCUCCAGGUCAUCCAGUAAAGUCAGCAAGACAGAGACUGAUGCAGAGGCCUUCGAUCCACAACUCUAUGUUGCCGCAUCUGGCAGAGGAACAGAGACAAAUUCGAACACCUGCUCCAAGGCCUAGUCAACCAAUAUAUGCUGCUCCUGUUGCAACACAGCUGGUCCACCACAACCGCCCGACUUACCCUUCUCCCCCGAUUCCGGUCCCAGCCCCAGCUCCAGUGCCGGUUCCUACGCGAAAGCCUCGCCCACGUGCUAGAGUCGCCCCACCUCCAACACAGCUGACCGAUAAUGACAUUACAAGAAAGCGAAAGCAGCCCACGGAAGAGCCCCAGACUCAAAGGCUGACUCGUGCCCAAGCUAAGAGGAUUCAAGAACAGGAAGCUGAAGAGCGAAAGCCGCAUGUAACAGGUAUCGAAUCACUCCUCCCACCAACACAAUUAGUGGAGCCGGCUCUCUCAUCGCGCAAGAAGCAGAAGACUGUCCAUGAUCAAGGAUCAGAUGAUAUCAAGACCAAAUUCAUCACACCGAUUCGGCCAACCACCAGAGCUCCAGCAACCACAAAGCGCAAUGCUGCUGUAGGUAAGAGCAAGAGUACCGCGGUUGAACCCACUCAGUUGGUUACGAGAAGUCCUGCUAAGUCGAACGUACCUAAAGCCACCAUUCCACCUGCUAAGAGGAGGAAUCCUUCGCCAGUCCGACCGAGCGCUGUAAAGGAGGAGCAACAAAACUCACUCGUCGUCAUUCUACGCAGUCCACAGAAAGCGACGGGGAUUGAUCGUAGCGAGAGCGAUGAUAUGCGUACCACUGUGGCAGACAGAGCUAAGAUGUCACCUCGCAAAGUAGCAGCUGCGCCACUGUCACGUUCUAAGGCUAUUCCUAAGCCUUCGAGCACACGCAUUCCGGGCGGCCGGAGCAAGCCAGGCGUCGGGUCACUCGCUGAGAUUCUAGCAUCCUUCGGAAGGAAAUGAGCCUCAUUGAUUGCUCU